GUGCCUCGAGGGAGGGGAUGAGAAAGGGCCAUCAUCCAUAUUGUCUUGGCGAAUGAGACAUUUCGUUCUAGAAAACGCGCGAGACUGAUGGGAUGUCCAGCGCAGCGCGGUUAACGGUUGGCCUGCAGGCACUCAACCCCCUCCGUACUGCUCGAAGCCACCACGAAUGGUUAUUAGUUACGUCUUUGCUGACGGAAGACCUCCGUUCGAUGCCCGGAGCCGACGUUUCCUUGGCUUGGGCGAGUUAUUGGGUGCCCCCAAGGCACAGUGCAAUGCACGCGGAUCGGACGAUCGAAAAACUACGGCGAGAUCUGACAUGCAUGUGGGGAGCGGCACAAGAGGGAGGAGGCCUUGAGAUGGCAAAUUCGGCAGUUGCCUUGUCGGCCUUGAUAAAGGCAUCCAGGGCCGGGCAGCAGCAGUGUUUGGGUGUUGGCGGCAUGGGCGAAAGCUGUGCUUGCUGCUGCUUGCCCAUGCACAGUGCAUUCCAGAUAACUAACCGCCAUCCUCCUCCUGUUCAGGCUCCCAAGCUCCGAGGCCCCCAACUCCAUGGACUCUUAUCGAGGACCUCUGCCUGGGGCAAUGCGAGGACGAGACUGUAUCUUUGUAUCAUUUGAUCGAACCUCCAGGCUGAGAGCGCGGCAAUCCAUCCUCCCGCAGGUCGCCCGUCUCUCCUGACA